GGAAAAAGCGGUCCGAGUGUUAUUUUGAUGCGGCUUUCGCUGAUGCUGGAGUCAUUUUGUCAGCAGGCGUUCGGAGCGUCUCAAAGGGCAGCGCAGAGGGAUGAAUUGACUCGGAGUCAGAGAACACGCAGUAGACGAACACACAGCCUCACACGCUGCUGGGAACGGCACCAACCUUUGUCUGUGGAACGUGUGCUGGAGACUGAUUUAAUCUGGAGCAAAUUGAAUUAAAUAUGAUGUGGGCUAAAAAACAGGUUUAUUCGACUUUCCUGCAGUGAUAACUGGACAUUCCCCACAUCCUCCAAACUGACUGACAGGUAAACAUGACCGGCUCCCCUUUCUUCUGCGCUGCUGCUCCUUUUCUCUCCCAUUCAUCCUUCGGGCGUGGGAGAAUCUGCGGGCAAUCGCGGCUUUCGCACAGCAAAUAAAGGGGAAGGGAACAGGAGCCCUCUCCCCCGAGGGCAAAUGACCGGCUGCAGCGCGGGCCAGCGCGGCGCGCAGCGAGGGAUCCAUUCAGACGCGUGUGCGGCCGCGGAGCGCGCGCGUGCGGGGGGGGGGGGCGCAGCUGAUGAGGAUUUGAGGGAGCGCGGCGGCGCGGGUCCCUCCGCUCUCUCCCUCCGUCACUCUCACUAAGUGCAGAGUGAGACAACGCCGUCGACCACCGCCGGCUCCUGUGAGAUGCAGCAGAAGCGUGUCCCACUUCAGGUGUGAUAUGUGUGAGUAGGAAGAAAAGUAGUGAAGAGGGAGGCAACGGGGACGCGCAGGAGAAAAUACACUCGGCUGCUGAGCUGAGGAGGCGACGGGGGAUUCUCCCACUAUCUCUGAUUUGAAACAUUGGCGCAGAUCGGUCUCCUGGAUAUUAUGGAUUUCUUUUUGGAUAAAGGCUUUGGCGUGACUGGCAACACCAGCCACGAGGCCGGACGAGAGCGACUAGAGGCCAUCAAACCCCCGGGGAUGAACCACAGCGACCCUCUGGACAUGUUCGUGGGCAUGGAGCUCCUGCUGCGCUUCAAGCCCCUCUUCAUGCCCCUCUACUGCGCCGUGGUGAUGGUGGCGGGCGUGGGGAACUCCUUCCUGCUGGCCUGCAUCCUGGCCGACAAGAAGCUCCACAACGCCACCAACUUCUUCAUCGGCAACUUGGCGGCCGGAGACCUGCUCAUGUGCCUGAGCUGCGUUCCCCUGACGGCGUCGUACGCCUUCGACAGCCGCGGCUGGGCCUUCGGGAGGCCGCUGUGCCACCUGGUGCCUCUGCUGCAGUGCGCCACCGUGUUCGCGUCGGUGCUGUCGCUCACCGCCAUCGCGGCCGACCGCUACGUUGUUGUGGGUGAGCGACCUCGCUUUCGCCGAUCUUAUCACGUUUGCCAAUGUGUGUGGGAGCGUGAGGGUUGCCCUUGUUCUGUUGCAGCUCACCCGGUGCGGCGGAGGAUCUCGGUGUGGGGCUGCGGCGCAGUCACUCUGGGCGUGUGGCUCAUAUCGCUGGCCCUGGCGGCGCCUCCUUCCUUCUACACGCGCUACUUGGACCUGCGGCCCAGCGGCAUCGACCUGGUGGUGUGCGAGGAGUUCUGGCCUAACAGCGGCAACCUGAGGCUGCUCUACUCCUGCUUCAUCCUCAUAGCCUCCUACAUGAUCCCGCUGCUGUCGGUCAGCGUGUCCUACUGCGCCAUCACCGUGAGCCUGAAGCGCUACUCGGUCCCCGGGGAGCCGUCCGACAGCCAGCAGCGCUGGAGCCAGAGGAGGAAGAAGACCUUCUCUCUGCUGGUGGCCUCGGUGCUGGCCUUUGCCCUGUGCUGGCUGCCGCUGCAGGUGCUGAACCUGCUGCUGGACUUGGACCCCGACUUUCACUUCGUGGGGAAGCGCUACAUAAACAUCCUGCAGGUCUGCUGCCAUUUGGUGGCCAUGAGCUCGGCGUGCUACAACCCCUUCAUCUACGCCUCGCUGCACAGCAAGGUGCGCAUGCACCUGAAGGGCUACCUCUGCCCCUGCCGCCAUCGCCAGAGGGCCAUGGUGGAGCGAGCAGCAUCCCGGAGCUGAUCUCCUACGCCAUCGCCAGCCGGAAACACUCCACGUCUCAUCUCACAUUGACUCUGUGGCUUCUUUACAGCGUCACCAGACAAAACAAGGGAAGGAGACUCAGACCAGACUGUAGUUUUAUUUGGUGAUGAAGGAAAUAAAGCCACCCUCUGGAAUGCAUGGGUUGUGGAUCACUGAGCUGCUGUUGGGUCAGUCGGAGCCUAGACGGACCUUAAAGGCUGAAGGGGCCCGGUUAAACAUAUAGUACUGUGAUUAAACACUCUACCGCUUUAGUGAGGUGCCAAAAAUCAUCUGAGCUAUGGACUCUGAACAUCAAGAUGAGAAUGUGAACUAAAGACAUAGAGAUUGUUAAUAAUUGUUCCCUUGGGACUGAAUGUCUAUGCUUCAAAACCUUCUGCUCUAUCAAAUGAUGUCUGUGUAUUUUCCACAUUAGAGUAUAUUUGGUUUAUUAUGGUGAAGUGCUCUUUGCCUGCUGUGUAUAGUGAACAUGUAGUGCUAAUGCUCUA